AUAUAAGUUAAGAUUGAUCUAUGCAUUAUAAUGAGAGGUUUAAACUGAGAGGUUUAAAUAAUAAAUUACCCCAAGUCUUCAAGCCAGCGCACAGAAUUUGAAGAAACAAAAAGUAUUAAUUAAACAAAGAUGGUGUGGUUAUACAGUUGUGCUAUUUGGAUUUCGCUGAUAUUUCUAACGUCGCAUAGCAGUGAGGCCCGGCAAACGGGUCAGCACCCGUUUAGAAGAGCGAGAGCCGCUGAGGGAAAUAUACCGGUAACGAAUGAAAUUAAUUCAAGGCAGCAAGGCCCCUUCGUGCCUCAAAUCCCGAAAGACUGCGAAGAAAUUGGCAUUUGUGACCAUGUUCCUAAUUAUCCGACAGAAUACGUGGGUAAAUUGUUAAGACAGGUGAGUGUGUCAUUGAAACAAGAACAUAUACUUUAUUUGCGUUAUUUUAUAUAGUGGUUAUAAAUUUAUAAAAAAAUAUUAUUGUAAUAUAGGAUCCCAAGCAGAUAGUAGCGACCAUCCAUUUUCUAUAUUGUGAAAUUGGGAUAUUUCUAAUUUCAAUAGCCUCCCGAAUUAUCUUCGUCUCAUCAUCAUCAAGCUCAUUCUGCGUAGAUCGGUCAUCUCCUGUUUCAGAUUCCCUCUGUCACCUCGUAAGACGCCCACGGGACAAUAUGGGGUUAUGAAUAUUCUUACAACGCCACUACGCGGUUAAUGGUCUAUCUAAGAUAAAUGACAUUAUAUCAUAUAUGCUCGUUUAUGGCAGAUUUAUAAUGAUCAAAAGAAUAAAGACAAAAUCACAUUUAUGCUACAGAAGUUCAGACAGUCGCAUAGUUGGCAAGGACCGCCCAAGACGGGAAGUUUUUCGACCAAAUUGGUGAUAUAUUAAAAGGGCCAAAUUAAUGAUACCCUUAACCGAAUAGCAUGUAUGCGUAGAUCAAAGUAGCAAGAAAGGGUUGUAAGGACCGUGCAAAAGUGAAACUCGUAGUCUCUGUCUACACCUUCGGGCUAGAGGUUAGAGAGUUUAUGUUAGUUUUUGGAAAAUAUUCACAAUGGAGACAAGAAACAGCGGCAAAGGUGACAACUGCUUUGCGUCUGCGUCUGGCAACAAAAGCGGUAAUAUGACAAAUUGUACGAUAGGAAAACCAUUUAUCCAGCAAUGAUCUACUGAUGAGCAAGAGGGGAAUGAAAAACGUUUAUUUGUUUAUUUUCCUUUAGUAAUUUGACAACACUAUUGAUUGACUACAAUUUCUUUUGUUUACUCGAAUACUACACAUUUAAAUUUUACUGACUUUAUCGCUUAUUUUAUAUUCCCGACGUUUCGGGCACUUUGUAUAUGCCAUAAAAUCCGUCAAACAUGUCAAACACGUCUGAAGCACGAUCUUACGUUUCAGAAUCCAGAAAUUAUUACCAAUUUCAACGUGGAUGUCUUAGAGCCUUAUGAUGCCCGAAGAAAACGCACUGCAAAAGGAACUGAGAAAAUAAAUGGCAAAGGACAAACGUCAAGUCAUCAAGGUUCCUUCGUGCCAGAUAUUCCGAAAGAUUGCGAACAAAAAGGCAUUUGUGAUCACGUUAAUAAUUAUCCAAGAGAUUACGUGAAUCAGUUGAUAAAACAGGUCAGAGCGUAUUUCGGAAACAAUGAUUCCGGAUAACAUAAUUCUCGCAUUAUAUUUUACAUGAAAUCAAAAAAUUUUCAAGCUUACAACAACAUAUUGUUUUUAUAGGAGAAAGGGCAAACGAGCAUACAGCUCGCCUGAUGGUAAGUGACUACCGCCGCUCAUGAACAACUGCAACACCAAGGGAAUUGCAGGUGCGUUGCCGGCCUUUUAAAAAGGAGUAAGCUCUUUUCUUGAAGGUCCCUAAGUCGUAUCGGUCCGGAAAAAUCGCCGGUGGUAAGCUAUUCCACAGAGAGGUCAUAUGCGGAAGAAAACUCCUAGUGAAACGUACAGUGGUGGACCGCCAAGCAUCCAGAUGGUGGGGAUGGUACCGGGAGUUUUAUCGCGAUGUGCGUUCGUGAAAUUUGGCGGCUGGGAUUAAUCCGAACAAUUCCAUCGCAACAUCUCUUCGCAGCACCAGUGAGUCGAAUCGAUCGGAAAGGACGCAGUCGUCGACAAUUCGAGUCGCUCCACGGCGGAUGCGGUCAAGUGGAAGGAUCUGGCACUGGGGAGCCCCAGCCCAGAGAUGGGAACAGUAUUCUAUGUGAGGCCGAACCUGCGCCUUGUAAAGUUGCAGGCGGUGUGCCGGCAUGAAAUACUGUUCCGCUCUGCUUGCUGAGCACACCAGGCUUUUAGAGGCCAAUUUGGCCUUCUCUUCCAGAUGACCACGAAACUGCACGUCACUCGAUAUGUCGACGCCCAAGAUGCCGUUACUGGCUGAGGCAACAAGGGGAGUGUCUUGACACUGAGGAGAUACGACAAAGGGGUUCUUUUUAGCGGUAAACGCGCAAGCUUGUGUCUUCUGGGGAUUUAACUGGACUAAAUUUUGUUGCCCCCAAUCCGAGACUUUGUUCAGCAAAGACUCGACUUCAGACACUAGUUUGGUCCGGUACGCGGUGACGUUUUCCCGAGAAAUAUUGGCACGGCCGGUGUAUAGAGCAUCACCUGUGCUGUCAUCCGCAUAGCAAUGAAUGUUACCGGUUCGCAACAUUUCAUUGAUAUGCAGAAGAAACAGCGUUGGUGAUAGCACGCAGCCUUGUGAAACACCAGCGUUAAUAGGCUUGUAGUCGGAGCAUGCACCGUCUACAACAACCUUGAUGCUCCAAUCUGCAAAAAAGGCAAAGAUUCAAUUGCACAAUUUCUCGGGAAGACCAUAGGAAGGGAGCUUCGUAAGAAGCGCUUUAUGCCAGACCCGAUGGAAGGCCUUCGCUAUGUCCAAACUAACUGCCAAUGCCUCCCCCUUCGACUCUACUGCCUCCACCCACCUAUGAGUCAGUUAUACCAGAAGAUCAGUAGCUUAUCGAUCCUGACGAAAACCGUACUGGUGGUCACUAAUCAGCUGGUGAUUCUCUAGGUACCGCACGAGCUGGCAGUUUAUAAUGGAUUCCAUUAUUUUGGCCAACAAGGAGAUGAUGGCGAUAGGCCUGUAGUUGGACGAGUCUGAGCGGUCGCCUUUUUUAGGGACGCCUGGCCUUGGGAGUAGGAGUACCGGAAAAGACGCGUUAAAACCGGUGCCAAUUCCUGAGCACACGUCUUCAGUACAAUGGGAGAGACUCCAUCAGGUCCACUCGAGUUGCUGACGUCCAGGGAGAAGAGUGCUUUGCAAACCGAGCGCUGUGUAAACCGCACAUCCGGCAUUAGGCACUCAUGCCCCGGGAUGGUCGGCGGUGUGUUCCCCCCGCCAUCUAGAGCCGAGUUGGACGCAAAGAGAGAGCCUAACAGAUCGGCAUUCUCCUUUGCGGUAUGGGCCAGUCGUUCUCUCUGUGCAGAGAUGGCUGACAGAAGUUCCCUUAAACAGCCUUGGCGAGAGACCAGAAUGCACGGGUUCCUGAAUGAAUUUGAACUAGUUUCUCGCCGAUUCUGAUGAUGUGCUCAGACCUUGCCUUGGCAAUGACUCUUUUGGAGGACCUGGAGGCGGAAUUAAACUUAUUUUUAAGAUCGCCGGUGUUUACAUCCCGAGACGUUGAUGCGUCUGCCCAGGCCCGUUAGCACUCCUGCUUAUGGCGUGAUGCUAUUUUACAGGAGCAACAAAACCAUGGCUGGGAUCUGCUUUUCUUUUAAUAACUUGCUUUACGGCGCUGAGUUCUAGCCCUUCUGAGCCUGAAGUUACAUUGUAUAAUCAUCCUUCAUAGUACACUGCCUUAAAAUAUGUUGAUGCGUCACAUUGCGCAGCCCUUGGGAGAUUUUGACGGCAACUUGAGCCAGCAGAAAGCUGACAAUUGGCGAUGGUAUCUCAAGACGCCUAAGCAGACAGAGAUCUUAUCUUGAGAAUCACGUCACUGUCAAAGCACUUGUUUCACCGUUUCUACUAAUAGUUCACAUGCGCAGACACUUAAUACACAAAAUCCCACCACUUUUACAUAUCAAAAUCCACUUUAAACCGCAACGAGCAGCAAACCGCCAAAACUCGGCUGGGAUCUGCCUCCGAUGGGCACUACAGAGGAUUGAAUAAAAACUUCAACACCUUGAAGUACCACCUGACAUUAAUUUAGGAAUAUUUGCCAUAGUUAUUCAACCGCAGUUUUUUAUUAUUAUUAUUAUUUUAAGUUGUUAUAAGAAGGAUGGUGCUGUGCAUCUCAUGUAUCAUUUUCCCUCUAAUAUCAUACAUUUUCUGACUUAUCACAUAGUCACCUCUUACUACACUCACUGGAUAAGGAUAUAGAGAUAUAGAGGAUUCUCUUAUAAAGCUUCUACACGAUAACAAGCCUUUAGCAACCUGCAAAUAUUAAAGGUAUUGGUGCCGUACUGAUAAACCUCUUUGGUGAGCAUAACCAAAUUCUUUCAAAGUUGGAUGCAGCGGAAGCUUAAUAGAGUCUGAUGAAAUAGGAGAACGAACAAAUAAAAAAGAACCUAAGCCUAUUUAUCGCAACUCCAAUUUAACCCACGAUAAAGGAUUGCCUAGAUUUCUUUGACCUUUCUAAUAAUACAGGGAGAGACUGAAAUUCAUUAAACAAUUGACAAGCACCUUGCGUAGCAGUACUAUAUUAAAAAAACAUGCGUGAGUGUCGUGGAACACUGGGUUGGAACGAAGUUCCUUUCGUAGUAUCUUAUUAUUGUUAAACGUAUUAUAUUAUUGAUUAACAAAUAAAAAUUCAUUAAAAUGACAAAGUGUAUUAAAAGGUAAGUAAAAGUGCGAGAGAGAUGGAUAUCAUUCCAUCUCACUUCCUUAUAGCGGCCAAGAGGAACUUCGUUCGAAAAAAAUCUUACUCGCAUUUCCCAUUGUAGACUUUUAAAAACCGACAUCAAAUUUCAGGCGCCAGAAAAUUUUACCAAAUUUAAUGUGGACGUAUUGGGCGAAUCUUUUACUCGAAGGAAAGAAUCCCAAGGAAAUCAAUAGAAAAGCAAAUAAAAUAAGUCUGGAAACACAUUAGUGCAGAACGUGCAAUGGAGAGAUGGUUUGAAACAACAAUUUACGCUACAUUUGAAGAAAUUGUUUGCGAUAUUGUUAUUUAUUAGGUUUCUAUACGUAUUUAUAAAGUAACUGUUGUUUCAAUUAUAAACACAGG